UGUUGCGCGCGCGCGCGCGUGUCUGCUCUGCUGUUGCUGCCCUUUGAUCCCUGCAUUAGUGUUAGUUAGGGGCUCGGAGACACACUUGCACCGAGAGCAGCCAUAGUCAAGACAAGGCAACAACAACAGCGGCAGCGGCGGCACCUCCUCCGCCUGUGUUCCUAUUCCCCCAACAAUACACUUUAAACCGAGCAAAGCCAGGUGCACGACCAAGUCCCUACCAUCACUGGCGCCUCCAGUCUCAAUGGGAAAAACCUUUUUUCUCCUUAUCCCCAAACAAGGACGAGAAUGUGAUUAAAAACGGGGGAAAAUGCCAAGGAGGAAGCAGGAGCAACCCAAGCGCCUGCCUUCACAUGUGGACAGCAAUGAAGAAGGGGGGCCAGAUGGCGGUCCUGUGGAGGAGGAGGCCUGGUUUGGGAAUGCUUCUGACACACGAUCAGAGUCGUCGUCCUAUGGAGACACACAGGAUGAGGUCCUCCUCCCCAGAGGACCUUCUCCCGAUGAACGAUUGGGACUUAGCACUGGGUCCGGAGACCAUGAAACCUGUGGAGGAGAGAGCUUACUGGGGUGUCAGACACCUGUCCAUCGUGCCUCUUUGGAACUUCUUGGACUGGAUGGAGGUACAUUCUCGGCCCAGGACACGCUCUCCUCUGUGGUAUCAUCACUGUAUGGUGAUGCAGCUUCUCGUGCCCUGGGAAAACCGCUCAGCAGCAACCUACGACGCCUCCUAGAGGCUGGGUCACUGAAACUUGACACUGGGGAGCUUCUGGGUCGCUCAUCCAGGGGAGGCACUGGGGGCGAGUCUCCUCCAAUUGGUCUAGCCCCACCAUUGACCCUCUCCCCGUCUUCCCAUCAUGCCCACCAGUUAAGUGCCCUUGCCCGAAAAGUGGCCAAUAACAACAACAACAGUGGCUCAGUCUCACCAGCCUCCUUGGCAUCCUCAGUCCCCAACAUAAAGCAAGAGCCUCUUGACCCCUUUAACUCUGUCACACCGAGCAAUGGCGGUGGCUUUGUAUGGGCAGGUAUUGCAGAUAAGUGGCCACCGGCCAGCUGCACCACACCCUGUGGCUCUAGUCUGUCCCCAGACUCUGCAAUCCAGAAGCUUAAAGCCGCAGCAAAUGCUGUACUUCAAGACAAGAAUGCCGUGGCUGCAUCGUCAACAGCUUCGUCCUCCUCCUCCACCUCAGCCUCAUCCGCAGUGUCCGCUCUUGGAGGAGGUGGAAGAGGAGAUGAUGUUGUGCGCUUUGAUGCCUUCAACUCUCCAUUUAGCCCACAGUCAGCUAGCUCUACCCUUGCUGCGCUUUCCAAGAAAGUCAGUGAGAGGAGCCAAGCUUCGUCAACAACAAGUGCUGCUCCUGACCAUCAAGCCUCAGCAAGUUCCUUUCUUUCACUUGUGUCAAUGACCUCCUCUGCUGCCUUGCUCAAAGAGGUGGCAGCCAGGGCAGCGGGAAACCUUCUGGCAGAAAAGAAAGAAGGUUCCCCUGUGGCAACUGCUGGGGUCCUCCAAGAUGAUGUGAAGCCUUUGCUGGACAAGAACCAGAAGGGCUCUGCACCGUCCACACCCACCCAGAACCUAGAGUUGCUGUUACCCUCCACUCCUAAGGGCAGAGGCAAACCCAACAGCCAAGCAGGCUCUCCUGAGGAUGGUGGCAAACCUUUCCAGUGUCCGGUGUGUGGACUGGUCAUCAAACGCAAGAGCUACUGGAAGAGACACAUGGUCAUUCACACAGGCUUAAAAAGCCACCAGUGUCCACUGUGCCCCUUCCGCUGUGCUCGCAAAGACAAUCUCAAGUCCCACAUGAAGGUACAUCAGCACCAGGACCGCGGUGAGACGUUCCAGUGUGAACUUUGCCCCUUCACCUCUUCCCGUCACUUCAGUCUAAAGCUUCACAUGCGCUGCCACCAGCACUUCCCCCGCACAGACGUCAAGGUGAAAGAAGAGCUCACCACCGACACAGAGGGCGAAGGCUCCCUGAUGGACGACACCAGCUCCACAGACCUCAGAGGGACAGAGGUGUCCCCGCUACACUCGGACACUCCACAGCAGACAUCCCCUCCAGUCGAGGCUUCCUCCAAUCAUAUCCACAUCAAGGAGGAACCACAGGAGAGAGACCUGUCUGUGCUCUCGCCAUUUAGCAUCUGCAGGGACCGUCCCAGCAGCAGUGCCAACUCCUUGGAACUACCUGGAGUUGGUGUUGGAGUCGGGGUCAGAUCCAGUCCUAGUGGUCCAACCACAGCCUCCCUCUUCAGCCCUGACAUCACCACUAAGACGGCUACUGACCUGCUUAUAAAGCUAUCAGCGGCCAACCAGAGGGAGACGCUCAAGUCUCCAUUCCAUCUGAAGGAAGAGCCCAAAGUAGAAGAAGCACUCAGCCCUAGACCAUCCUCCCAGUCCAUGAGCCAGGUCCAUCCAAGCUUUCCUGGGUCAUUUUGUCAGGACAGAACAACAGCGCAUGCAGCAGUCAAUGAGCGCUUAGGGCCACUGAAACCAAGAGAAGGAAGCCCCAUGGCUAAGAACAGCUUGCUGAGCCAGGAUAUCAACAUGAAGGUGGCCUCCGAGCUGCUGAUUAAGCUUUCAGCAGAGAACAACAAAGAUGUCCACUACCAGAAAGUGAAAGUAAAGCCAGAACCCAUGGAGGUGGACCCGCCCCCAACAGAACUCACUCCACCGGCUUCUCACCUGCUGUCCUUGAGUACUUUCGGGACGAGUGAGAAGAGUGAGCCGAUAAGCAACCUCCCUGAGACGUUGACCUGUCCCCAGAAAGAUCUCUUCUCCCAGGACAUUUCGGUCAAAAUGGCCUCUGAACUACUGUUCAAAUUGUCAGAAAAAGUAAGCAAAGCCAACAACCACAAAGACGGUAACAUGGUGGGAAUAAACAGUCCGUUCCUGGAUGAGUGCUUCAGACAAUCACCCUUUAACUCGCGCUCCAAGAGCUCUUCCCCCGCAGAGGCCAGCUCCUCUACCAGGCCAGUGUACCAUGACUCAGAAAAGAAUGAUUGUGAGCCAGGAAACGGAAUUGCCCAGUGGAGACUAAAUGAGCAGCUCUUCCCCUGUCCGGUCUGUGGCAAGGUGUUUGGUCGACAGCAGACUCUUUCAAGACAUCUGUCUCUACACACAGAAGAGAGGAAGUACAAGUGUCACCUGUGUCCCUACGCAGCCAAGUGCAGGGCAAACCUCAAUCAGCACCUGACCAUCCACUCUGUGAAGCUGGUCAACACGGACGCUGAGCAGAUAGUCAGCGCUGUCACGGCCGACUCUGCAGAGCGCAAGAACUGCCCGUACUAUUACAGCUGCCAUGUGUGUGGUUUCCAGACGGAGCUGAACGCCCAGUUUGUCAGCCACAUGUCGCUCCAUGUGGACAAGGAGCAGUGGAUGUUCUCACUCUGCUGCAGCGUCUGUGACUAUGUCAGCAUGGAGGAGCAUGACAUGAAGAACCACAUUAGUACCGGUCAUGCAGGUCUAAACUCAAGAAGUCCCCUCAGUGAGACCAAAAGCACCUCCUCGUCCCUCUCGGCCCUCAGCGAUUCACUCAACAGCUCGGAGGGCGGAGACCUCACCCACAGUAACGAAGAACUCAAGAGCCUGCUGGCCCCGCCCUCCUCCACAGGCAGCCAGUCCAGCUCCGGAAGCCACUCGGGUUCAGGAACUGAGGACAAGUCGGAAAAAGGCUUCGAAUGUGUCUUCUGCAACUUUGUGUGCAAGACGCGCAGCAUGUACGAGCGGCACCUCCAGAUCCACCUCAUCACGCGAAUGUUUGAGUGCGACGUCUGUCACAAGUUCCUCAAGACACCCGAGCAGCUGCUGGAGCACAAGAAGUGCCACACCGUCCCCUCCGGAGGGCUCAAGUGCCCUUUCUGCAUCUACUCCACCAAUCGUCCAGCGGCCAUGGAGUGCCACCUUAAGACGCACUGUAAGAUGGAGUACCGCUGCCGCAUCUGUCAGGGACUGUGGCCCGACCAGGCCUCAUUGGAGGCCCACAUGCGCGGUCACCGCCUGGGCAACCACUACAAGUGUGAGCAGUGUGGCUACUUGUCCAAGACGGCCAAUAAGCUGAUCGAGCAUGUGCGUGUGCACACGGGUGAGCGGCCCUUCCACUGUGACCGCUGCUCUUACAGCUGCAAGCGCAAGGAUAACCUCAACCUGCACAAGAAGCUGAAGCACGCGCCGCGCCAGACUUUUGGCUGCCAAGAGUGCCCUUUCACCACCACACACCCUUUUGUCUUCAGCCGCCACCUCAAGAAACACCAGAGCGGGGGAGCGGGGGGAAUAGAUGAAGGCUUAGCGGGAGGGGAAGAGGAAGAUGAUGAGGAGGAGCUGCCUUUCAAGGGAACAUCGCCAGGGGGCUUGUCAUUGCGGAAGAGUGAGGAGAAGUUCCUGUUCAGUGGAGGAGGAGGAGGAGGAGGAGGAGGAAGCAGUGGAGGGAGUGGGAGUAACAGCCCCCUCAUGAGUCUAACGGCGUCCCAGGCUCUCCAGUCGGUUGCUCUGUCAGUCACACUGGGCAAGUCCAACCAGCUGGACGCCAAAGGCCCUCUGUACUGUUGGGCCAGAACCAAUGGCGGCAGCGGUGACACCACCAGGAGCCCCGAGAGUUCGCUCCUCGUCCCCUCCUCCCACCACAUGUUGGAGCAGUACAGGAACUGUGACCCAACGCACCUGAUCCCCCUCACCACCCUGUUCACCCACCACAGCCGCUUCACAUUCCACUCGCACCUCCACUCCAGAUGGCGGCCCGCCACGUCUCCUCUCCUCUUCUCCUCCAACUCGGCCUCCCCCUCCCGCUCUCCCCGUUCACCUGCCUCCCACAAACACUCCUUCCUGGCCUACCUGGGACUGAUGGAGAGGGCCAAGACUGUUUGACCUCGCCACCUCACUCUUUCCCUCACUCCUCGGACAGUGGUGUUGAAUGACUCUUGACCACUGCAGUGGGAGCAACAUUUUUUUCCAAUCAGACCAGCAGAAUAAGCUGGACCAGACUAACGUAUUGAAGAAAAUAAUAAAAAAAAAAAUUUAUAAGAGAAAAAGGCUGUACAUGCUAAAAAAAUGCAUUUAUAUCGAAAAGCUGCUUUUCUUAUCAGUUCUAUCAAUUGAAUUAUUACUACUUCAGCUACUACUCUCUAUUACCUUUUAUUUUCUGUUUUUAAAAGUCUGAAUGACCUGGACCCAGUUGCAUUAUCUAAGGAAACUAACGUAUCUCAAGUUUUAUAGAUCUUUUACGUUUGACAAGAUAAAAAGACGAAACAAAACUUGCAAGUGCUAUAUUUUAGUGCAUUUUUGUCUCUUGCUAUUAUGCAUCAAAACAGCAUGCCUGUUUCUGUGUUUCAACUAGCUUUGACGUCAUUAGGAAGCUAAAGUCGAGAUAUUCUGAAGUGUUAGCGGUGCGACAGAACCAAUGAAACGGCAUGCUUUUCAUUGAAAAAGGCACGUUUCCAAAGCAACGCCUCAAACCACGCAAUUACCUUAUUUAUCAAUCUUGUACAUAGUUUUGUAGCCCUUUCCCUUCCCAUCUUUUUGAUUUCUGUUGGUCUUUUGUAUAACGGUGAAACCAUAUUAUGCAUAGCUGCUGCCUGGUGUCACACUUCUGCCUCAGAGUUGAUGUUAUUUCAGUGGGUGAUUAGAAAAUGUUGAUAGUUUUCUAAAGCUGUGAUAAUGUAAAUAUUUAAAUAUGUCCAAAGUGACCUAUCAUGAGAAGAGAGAGAUUUUAUUUCCAACAAUUUCAAUUUGAACAAAAAUACAUAGUUAAGUGAAAUGACGGGACGUAAAUUCAUGACUUCUGAGACCAAGUGGAUAUCAGCGCAGUUUGAUAUGCAGAACUAUGUAUCGCGCACCUAUACUUAGAAGAGAUAUGAGAUAACUGUUUUGUGGAGGUGACCUGCUCUGGGUUAGCGAGCUACCCACAGCCAGGGUCGCCACAGGCCGAUUCAAUGGUGCUUUUUGGAGCUUUUUGUAAUUUUUGUGUACAAAAAAGAGAAAAAAAAAACCUGUUCCAAAAUGACUUGAAUGAAUGUAUUUUUGUUGAUGUACAUGGAAAAAGAAGCGAUACAGAAGUGUGAAGAGGGAUUUCUUCUGUGCUGGUAAAGGCGGGAAAGUUAGUGUGUUUGGUGGCCUUCUGUGUCCAUUUCUUUAGUUUUUGUUCCUUUUUGGGGUUUCUUUUGACUUGUUUUUUGUUUUGUUUUUUUAACUGAGCCUUUUACGUCAUAAAACAUUUUUUUACUAACAUUCAUAGAGCACCAGUUGGGGCGGGAAAAGCUCCUUUAGGUGCAAUAAUGAAGCAAAGCCAUUCACCUGUACAGCAUCAUGUUCAAUGGCACUGGAUUGUUUUUAGGCUGGCUGACAUGGUACUGUUCUAUUAGCCUCCCCUCCCUCCUGUCAAACUUUUGGAAGUUUUAAUUGCACUUAAUGGAGUUACACUUCAAGCCAAAAGCACUUAUAAAAAAAAAGGAAAAUAAAAAAGUGCAAACUUAGAUCCACUAUCAUGUAAAGUGGGAGCAUUAGUUGCUGGAAAUGACUCAGUCACCACCAUCAUCAUCAUCGUCGUCAUCCCUUAGUUUCACAUUUAUUUCAGUGCUAAAGGGUCUGCGUCCCUACGGAGCUGAGAAGCCGUUAGAAGACAUUAGCAAAGAAUCGAGGAACAGAGCGUUUACGGAGCCAAACUCGCCUCAAAAGUCCAAUAAUCCUGAAUAAAGUCAGAUUUCAUGUUGUAAGUUAUAAGUCACAAGUCAAACCAAGAGAAAAACGCCAUUUGCAAAUCUGUGCCACUGAGGCUCUUUUUUCCCCCCCCCUCCGCUGACCCUUGGGGGAGCCGGGGGGGAGAAAGUAAAUUAAUACAAAUUGCAUGAAUUAGACAGUAGAGGUUAAGCUCUCCCUGGGAACUUAAAGUCCCAGGCUAAAUUGUGAUAGCCAAUUUUGCACAGUGCUGCACUUUUUCAUGAUGAGAAUAUGUAUUUAUCCAUGAAAUGCUCAAAAAUGUUUGAGGAGAUGUGGCAGUACAAGCAUUUUAUUAUUGAAAAAGCUUUACCCGUUAUUGACCGCGCUUGUGUUCCUAAGUGUUCUUCAAGCUAAAAUCCCUUAUUUGUAAAGGGGGCGUGUUUUUUUUUUUUUUUGUUAUUUUCCUUUGUUGUUUCCUUUUUGCCUGUUUUUAUUCAUUGCAUUUUCUUAUGAUGAAUCAUUGUUGCUUUUUGCUUCUUUCUCUUUUUUUUGUUUUGUUUUUCUACUUAAAUGUCAGAACGAAAAAUGUUGAUUGGACAGAAAACACGAAUUGUCAAGACCAAAAUGUAAGUCGCCGCGGGAUGUGAUGUUAGGAUUGAAUCCGUCACCGCCUGCUCUGGAGCGAUGCCUUGAUUGUCUCCCUGUUUUACACUGUUUGUUUGUUUGUUUGUUUGUUCCUUUCUGCUCUGUCGAUGCCUGGCAUGCUGUCUCUGGAGUGAAAGGAGCAUCCCUCCAACACACACACACACACACACUCUCUCCAUGUACUAUCUAUGUUAUCUUUUAUACUCUAGUGCCACUUGGUGGAAGGAAACCACCUGAGACUUCUGAGAAUAAGUCAAACUAAUUGUCAGGGUCCAAAAGAUAGAGAGGAAAAAAAGAAGAAUGUGUCCACUGGACACUUUUUCUUUUUUUAAAUGUCUGCCUUUUAAUACAUAAUCAUGAAUGGCUGCACUUCUUUUUGUCUCCAUAGUUUGAGUGUAAUGUUAAAAAAAGGCAACACAGGGCUCGAUCCAUUUAAAAAAAAAAAAAAAACAGUAUUCUAAAGCACUUACUUUGUUUAUUUUGCCCAAAUGUACGCAGCACAGUAACUUUUUUUGUUUAGUUUUCUCCUUUAAAAAAGCUUGACUACCUUCUUGGCACUUCAGAGUAUGCAUGACAUUGCCCUUGCUCUCGUUCUUUAGCACUUCAUUGUGUUUAAAACUAACUCCCUUGGUUGCGUUUAGCCUGCACUCUCCUACAAUCACUUAGCUUUACGUUCGGCUGUAUUUUAUGAUCAGAAAAAGGCUCAACGAUCUUAUCUUUUUGGCACUCGGUAAACAUUGGUAUGUGCUGUAUAAAGCUUUUUUUUAUUACUCCAUUGUUAAGGCUGUACAGGGUUGUGAUGAUAACUGGUAAAUAGAUCAUUUGUACUUUUGGUUUUGUAUUUGUUUGGCAUUAUUUUAUGUUCAACUUGCCAGAUCUAAAUGUAACAGGAUUUGAAAGUAAAGCUUACAUCAGAUAUUA